ACUUCCCCUCAGGCCAGCAGCAUUGAGCCACAGACGAGCAACACAAGGACAGACACAGAGCUUUGGGAAUUUAAACAUCUGAGAACAACAAAACUUCAGUUGCUGUGUAUUUGAUUUAGAAACUGGAUUUACAUGAUGUCUAAGUCAGACCUGUCGAGUGGAGAGCAGUGCAUCAAAUAUAUGAUAUUCGUCUUUAAUUUCAUAUUUUGGCUCGCAGGUACAGGAGUUUUAGCUGUUGGUCUCUGGCUGCGUUUCGAUGAAAGAACUAAAGAAUUCUUCACUGGAGAAGAUGCUUCAACUGUGUUCCUCACAGGGGUCUACAUCCUCAUUGUGGCAGGUGCCAUCAUGAUGGUGGUCGGGUUCCUCGGCUGCUGUGGAGCAAUAAGAGAAUCGACUUGCAUGCUGGGACUGUUCUUUGUGUUCCUGCUCAUCAUUUUUGCUGCAGAGGUGGCCGCUGGAAUCUGGGGAUUGUCCAAUCAAGAGAAUAUCGUGACAGAUGUCCAGCGGUUCUACACGGAGGUGUUCAACAAAUAUAAAGAAACUAAACAGGAAGCGCUGAGAGAGAGUCUGCGAGCCAUUCAGUACGGACUGAGGUGCUGUGGACCAUCAGGAACAUUUUUUGAUGGAGCAGCCGAAACAUGUCCCAAAGCGGAGGGACUUCAAGUGCUUGUCACAAAGAGCUGCCCAGAUGCUAUUAAGGAGCUCUUCACCUCUAGGCUUCAGGUGAUCGGAGGGGUUGGGAUUGGCAUUGGUGUGGUCAUGAUCUUCGGCAUGAUCUUCAGCAUGCUGCUGUGCUGCGCCAUCCGACGAACCCGGGACAUUGUGUGAGCUGCCGUUGCCGCUGCAGCCUGUCUUCUGCUCUGUAUUUAUCUGUGUUUAUAAAGGUGUGUGUGAGCUUGUCCGUGUUUGGAAAAUCCCUCUGAUAAACUUCUAACAAAGCCCAGCAUUAGUCAACCAUUCUCAACUGUUACAGGUCAUGCAUAUGCUGAGUGGAACAAUAAAUUGCACUAGAGGCUGUUUUUAAUUUCUUUGGUGUUUUUCGACUAAUGUUUAUUUGCCUCUUUGAAUGUUCUUGUAAGCUUCUGGCAUUCUUUUGUGAAAUUUUAUGUGGCUUAUUUUAUGUACCUAUAUGGGUGUCUAGAGAGAGUAACACCUACUGUAGUAAAUUACCAAUAAAGCUGAUAACUAAUUGA